CCUCCUCGCGCCGUGAUAACUCUGGUACAGUGAUGCGCAAGUAAGUGGCAAUGCCGAGAACCACGUUUGGGAAAUGUGUGGAGUCAAAACAAGGUGGUCAACCCACGAAGAUCUAGUGAAAGACUUGUUUCAAAGAAAAACGGGAGAACAUGUGCGGUGCCAUUGCUCUGAGCCGUUUGUUUCUUCUUUCUACUUUCUCUGAGGAUUGUGACAAGUGGUAACAGUGCUCUUUCCCGGACCCGGACUAAUUGCGCCUCUUUGGGUUGACACCGCACUUGCUUGGCGGGGUCUCGUUUCUAUAGUAGCGGACCAGGUAUCAGCGCCAAGACGUUGUUCCGCGGAGAUCCGGCUGGUGCCAGUCCGAGCAGCGCUGUCAUCGGCGUCCUGCAGGCCGGGGUCAUGAUGGUCCAUUGUGCCGGCUGUGAGCGGCCCAUUUUGGACCGCUUUCUCCUUAAUGUGCUGGACAGAGCGUGGCAUGCCAAGUGCGUGCAGUGUUGCGAGUGCAACUGCAACCUCACAGAAAAAUGCUUCUCCAGAGACGGCAAGCUUUAUUGUAAAAUGGACUUCUUCAGACGCUUCGGGACUAAAUGCGCAGGCUGUCUUCAGGGUAUCUCGCCAAACGACCUUGUGCGUAAAGCGCGAAGCAAAGUGUUUCACCUGAACUGCUUCACGUGUAUGGUUUGCAACAAGCAGCUGUCCACGGGAGAAGAGCUGUAUGUCAUCGAUGAAAACAAGUUUGUGUGUAAAGAAGAUUAUCUGACAUCCGGAGCUAUCAAGGAGGUCAGCCUUAAUUCAGUGUCCUCGUGCACGGAUAGAAGUUUAUCGCCGGAUCUAGUGGAUCCAAUUCAGGAUGACAUUAAAGAAACGGACAACUCCACGUCCUCGGACAAAGAGACCAACAACAUCGAAAACGAAGAGCAGAGUUCUGGGGCAAAGAGGCGCGGUCCGCGGACAACUAUCAAGGCCAAGCAGCUCGAGACUCUCAAGGCCGCCUUCGUUGCAACGCCGAAACCCACGCGACACAUCCGCGAGCAGCUGGCACAGGAGACGGGCCUGAACAUGCGCGUGAUCCAGGUUUGGUUUCAGAACAGAAGAUCGAAAGAGCGGAGAAUGAAGCAGCUGAGUGCCUUGGGGGCCCGGAGGCAUGCCUUUUUCCGGGGCCCCAGGCGGAUGAGGCCCCUGGGUGGGAGGAUAGAGGACGCAGACAUUUUGGGACCUGGGGCUUACAGCUAUUAUGGAGAGUACCAAGGAGACUACUAUGGUGCAGGGAAUAACUAUGAUUUCUUCCCACAUGGCCCCCCAUCAUCUCAGGCCCAGUCCCCCGCAGAAUCCCCGUACAUAUUAGCUUCUGGACCAGGGGCCAUGGAGGGCUCGGGCCACCACCCUUCAGAUGACCAAAGGUUCACAGACAUGAUCUCCCACGCAGAGACACCCAGUCCAGAGCCCGGUUUACAGACUGUCCCAGGAGAGGCGUACGGAGGAGGACCGAGCCCCCCUUUCUCUUUAGCCAGUAACUCCAGCUACAGUGCACCUAUGUCCCACCAAGGCCAGGAGAUGGGAGAGACGGCAGCAUGGUAGUGGACUGGAGGAGCCUAAGCUAAUGAACUGACUAAAUCCAUAUUCUGGAGUAAUGUGGAGAUUUCUACAAAGGACUGAUUGUCAAUGCUCAGAAAAUGGACUCCACUUUAAAUGGGACAGGGCAGUUUCAUGGGGAAAGUCAUUGCCUUGCCUGGAUUACUGGACUUGAAAUAUGACAAAUAUUUCUGCAACUUCAUCCAGCAAAGUGCCCAGGCCCUCCCCUCCAUGUCCAUGUAGUCUCAAAGUAGAGAGACAAUGCCAAAGGGGACAUCUUUACUCAUUUUUAUGAAAGUAUCUCUUCAAAUCUCCAUUUUCUGUUCCUUUACUCUGUUUUAUUAUUGCUGAGAUACUCUUCACGACACUUAUCACAAACUAAGACAAAGAACCCGAAGGAAUACUUGCUUUAAUCCCUACAUACAAACACAAAUGUGGCAAUUAAAACACACAAACACUGUAGACAUGUUCUGGUUUAGGUCAAUUGAGAGGUUUCUGCUUUAUAGACUGGACAUACACACAUUUGGCAUUGACGUGGUCUUACACAAGCCCUUUGCUACUGUCUUUGCUCGGGUAAUGCGCUAAAUGCAUUCUUGAUCAAAGCUUAAAUAAAAGAUGUAUGUGCUAUUAUUCAAAACACGGACACAAUUAUAAAGACACUUGUACUCAGUGACUGUGGCACACACAAAUCUCACACCCUUCUAGGCGGCCCUGAUAGCUGUUCUCUGUGCGCUGCUUCACCUGACCUUCCUUUUGUUACUGUCCCUUUUAAAAAACAUGUUUUAAUGGAAAUGAUUUUCAAAAGAACAUUGAACCUAUAAUGGAGAAUCUCCUUCAACAGCUGAGGUCUCUUUCCUCUAAAGAGAGAAAACAAAAGAGGGGGCAGACAACAUCUGUGACAUUUCCACAGACUGCGCUGAAGCACUCAUUGCCAUCUAGUGGCCAUGUGUAGAACAGCACUGUGGUAAGAAAAAUCUUUGUACUGCUGCGAUCAGACACUUUAUUUUUUAAAUUAUUUGCAUAGAUUAUAAAGUUUCAGGGCUAAAUGUUUCAGGGCGUCAAGUUUAGCCUUUGUGAAGCUACUGUAAAGGGGGCACAAUAUUUUCUUCAGAGUACAGUAAACAAAAAGAUUCAUACAAGCCAAAAAGGGUUAUAAACAUGUGUACCAAGAACUAACCAUUUCUGUCACUUUUUUUGUUUUGUUUUGUACUGUCAGUAGAAAAUAUAUUUCACCCAACACAGAUUUUCUCUCAUGAGCUGGCUCUACUUGAUAAGCCCAAUUGAGGCCAUUUUUUUUAUCCGUUGGGCGUUGUAUCAGAUCUAGGAGAAUGUGUCUUAAGACUGAUUACCUGAGGUACAAUUAUGUUUUGGUCUGUGUGUAAAUGAUGAGGUGCGUUUGAUGUGCGAUAUG